UGUCAAUUUUGAUAAGUUUUGCAUACUUCAUUGUUUGCGUGGGCGUGGCAUCUGGCGUCAGUCAAAAAACAUUCAAAAUUCAUUCAAAACUCAAAUCAAAACAGCAACAGUUGAAGGAACUGAAUUAUACAUAAUUAUAGCAAUAUGCCGCCAAAGAAGAAACAAGCUGGACUUGGACGUGCCAAAAAAGCAGUUUCAAGCAAAGCAGGCUCUUCUGUUAAAAAACAAAAGAAGAAAGUAGCUGUUGCUCAACCUGCUCCUACUCGACCUGCUCCUUCUUCUUCAGAUGAUGAGCGUGAGCGUGCUAGAAAUGCAGAACAGAAAAGGAAUGAAGAAAAGGAAAGGAAUGCGCUUCUGGAUAACAUUAGAGAGGAGGAGCAGAUGAUCCAGAGUUUGAAAGAAAUGAUCGAGAGCAAAAGAUUUGAAAUGCUCCAAGCCAGCGAAACUCCUGCUGCGCCAUAUACUCUCAGGGAUGCCCAAAAUAGUGUUCGCAGACCUAUCUAUGCCCACAUCAAAUCUUUGAAAUCUGAUGGUAACAAAUACGAAGAAAUGCUAAAAGAGACUGAAUUCUCCAGUAUGGUGCUUGGUGCAAAAAUUAUAAAGGCAAAGAGCUCAUACGAGGAGAAAGAAAGGAGAACCAAUUAUGAUCUGACAAUGAGACUACUACAUGAAGAGAACGCUCCUGAUUUUACCAUUUCAUUUUCUGAGAGGGAUAAAAUUUCUAAGUUGAACUGCCAACUCUUAAAUGAAGACAAGUCUCAGGCCCUCAAAGACUGCUUUGCACUGUGUUCAAAGCGGAAGAAUCUUGCCCUGGUAGUACAGCUCAUGAAGACGUACCAAAAUGUUUGCAACAAUCGAUUUGACGUUUGCUUCACACUGCAAAAGAAAUUUGGAAACGAAUUUGUGGGUGUCAAACUGAAGAAAGAGUCUAACAAGAUAGUUUUCAAAGUUGCAGCUACAUCUAAGAUUGUACCUAUUUUGAUUACCUGGGAAUUUGAGUUUAUAGAGGUUACUUUCACAAAUGCUAUUGUUGUCGAGAUUCUUUCCCCAGAAUUGAGCGAACUAGAUUUCAUCAAAAAUGAAUGUGGUCCUCUGAUCAAAGUUUUGACAAAAUCAAAAGUGACAACAGAAGAUAUGGUUGCAUCAUUUACAGAGCUCUUAAAGUGCCUGAAGAAAAAUGAAAAGAGAUUGAAAAGAAGGGUGUCUUCCGAUAUCUAAAUUUAAAUGUCUAAGUGUAAAUUACUUUCCAUUGUUUCUCAGUUGGUAAUUUUUUUUUAAUUAUAAAGCAUGAUUUCAA